AUUUUCCAAUAUUAAUCAAGACCAUUCAAAAAUAUUGACAAUUAUUAACACGUUUAUUUGAAUUGCAUACCCGGGAAGCCCUUGCAUUAUUUAGAAUGAAAAUUAAGCAGAUCAAAUUUGAAGGAUAAAGAUAUCAAUUUUGCAUUGUUUAAUUGAAGUCAUUGUAAAUUAUUUAAAAAGCUAUUAGUAAUUGAUAAUUAUCUGAAGUAUAAUUAUGCAAUCUUUUAUAUCAUUUAAAUACAAAUUUUCUCAACGCGACCGAUGAUCCAUUUUAUUAAAGUUAAAUUGAACUUGAAUUAAGCUUUUAAGGAAGUUCUUAUCUACAACUUCCUUUAGCAUCAUAAAAACAAGUGUUACGUAAUGCAGACAAACGUAUGCAUCUUUGCUUCAAUUAUUUAAAGAUUCAAAUCGCAUUUUUCUGAAACGUGAUUUCAUAUACGAGUUUGUCAUAGACAAUACUUCCAGAACAAAAUCGUAUUUAGCGCGACUUUAGAGUUAAAAAACAUAGAUGGCAACUUCGUCCAGUUACACCAACAGCUACUGAGAUGACAGUCAUUUGAUUGUUUCCUAGUAUACUGCGCCUGUAUAAUUGAAACAGCUGAUCAUAGUACAAAUCGUAGGUGUAAAGUGAUUUAAAUUAAUUCUCUCAAAAGAUCAUAAAUAACCAUGGAUUCGAAGGAGACGAAAACAGAAGUUGAGAAAAGUCUAAAUAAAAUAUUGGACGAUUUGGAGACAAUACCAAAAGAUAAGCAACACGAUUGGGCGUACGAGCAAAUAAACAAAACUUUUGGUAAAAAAUUAACGGAACCCUUGGUAGAAGUUCUGACAGCUCAUCUGUUCGACGGUGAAUACGAAGCAAACGAAAAGAAACCCUCAUGGUUCGAUCAGGAGAAAUUCGACAGAGGGCAAAAAUUCGCCCAAGAUCACAUAUUUUCGGUACUUUUUGUCAACGUACACGCGCUUUUCAUGGCUUUCUCUUUCUACGACAGCUUAAAGCCCAUAAUCGCCACUGGUAAAUCCAGCACACCCUUUACAUCAUUUAAAAGAUACAACUCUACGGGCGCCAAAUUCUACAGCUGGUACACGUCCGAUCCCUGGACCAAAGGGACAGAUGCCUACAAUAGCGUCAGACACGUGCGCCGCAUACACCAGUACAUACGCGAAAAGAUGUCGGCCAUGUCGACCGAUGAAUGGACAAACAGAACGACGAUCGAUCCCGUCUGGUGUCCGGCUUUGAAAGCGACCCGCGCCGACUUUGACUCGGCUUGUCCGGCCGCGAGCGCCGAGCAGUGCCCCUACUGGGUAUUUGAAAAUCUGCCGAAACUCAAGAACAAAAAGCUCAGCCAGGGCGAGAUGGCGAUCACUCAGAUCUCUUUCGUGUGUUUCGUCAUUCUGAGGCCCGAGGAGCUCGGAAUUCACGGGGCUACGGACGACGAGCUCGAGGCCUUCUGUCACGUCUGGAGGACAAUAGGAUAUCUUUUGGGUAUCGACGAUCGGUACAAUUAUUGUCGAGGAACGUUGGAAGAGAUAAAGUCUCGCACGAGAGACGUUCUGGAAUUUUGGGUAAAACCGAAUUUGCGCAUAGUCGAGCCUGGGUGGGAACACAUGAUGAGAUGCUUAGUGGAGGGUCUGAACUAUAAAAGGAACGGAAAAGGUCUUGGAUACGAGGCUAUGCUCGUCAAUACCAUGGAGUGCAUGGAUUUAGAAAUGCCUAAAAUUUACAACUCCAUGUCAUUCAGCGAUUGGAUAGCUUAUAAAAUUUUUAAAUUCGUUUUGGGUUUUGGCUCAAAAUACCUGGGGCUACGUCACGUACUGAAUAGAAUGGUGAUGCAAAGUAUUCAUGCUGUCCAAUCUUUCACCGACGACAAGUUCGAAGAAUUGGAAAAAAGAUCGCGAGAGACCCUUGAAUCGGGCGCCACGAAGCUCGAAACAGUGAUGAAUUCAAUCGAUUGAUUUUCACAAACAUUCGUCUAUGUAGAUGAUAUUUUUUACGAGAAAAAGUUUUAUAUAUGAUUAUAUUUUUGUAGUAACCCGAUGAUACUGUAAACAAAGUUGAAAAAAGGACAAUAACUUUAUUAAACACGCAGUAGUUGCGAUUCAAUUUUCGUAAACAACAA